CAGGGAACGGCCUUUCCGCGUCUCUCUUGGGUCCUUGGGUGCUUGUGUAUUUCUACAGUUUAAGAGAGUAAGAAGCAGAGCAGGGGCGUUUCUUUAAUUAAUAAUUCACCAGUGUUUGUAUGACCGGAGGGAAACAAGGGGAACUGCGCUUACAGAUCACAUGUGGAACACGGCAGAAGAUACGUAACACUUAACGAAAUACGUCAUGAUGACUUCAAAUGAGGAUCUUACCAGUUUUCCCAAAAUAUUUUGUGAAACUUCCCAGAAGCUGGUGAAUAUUGAAACCUUUGCUAUAGCUGUGAAGUAUUAUUCUGUGCAAAACUUGGGACUAUGUACUCCUUUUGAACAGUUACUAGUAGCCCUUCGAGGAAAUCAAAAACAGAGAACUGAUGGAAAUGUGAAGCCAGAUGAGUUUAUGAAUUUGAAAAAAUCUCAUGAAGUUCAGGCAAUGUCAGAACUAAUCAGCAGCAUUGCUGAUUACUUUGGAAUAAAGCAGGUAAUUGACCUGGGUUCUGGAAAAGGCUACCUCAGCUCCUUUUUGUCCUUGAAGUAUGGCUUAAACGUCUAUGGAAUUGAUUCCUCAAAUGCCAACACUCAUGGAGCUGAGGAGAGAAACAGGAAAUUGAAGAAACAUUGGAAAGUCUGUCAUACUCGGUCAAAAUUAGAUGUCAAUGGACUGGCAUUAAAAAUGGCAAAAGAAAAGAAAGUACAAAAUGAAAGUAAAUAUAAAGCAGAUACUGGGGGACUAUGUAACAGCAGUCCUACAAGUCAAGAAAAGAUGUAUUCCUCAGAUUUUUCGCCAGAUAUUUCAGAUGCUGUGAUUUCUAACAUCAGAAAACAAAUGGAAAACCUGCAUGUUUACUCACAUCAAGAAGAAAAUUUGUGUUUUGAAAAUGUCUCUUCUCUCAUAGACCUUUUACCUGUUAAUGCCAUAGAACCUACUUCUUCAUUCCAAAUUCCCAAGAGAAAAAAGUCUGAAGCAAAUAGAGAGAGAAGAAAAAUGACAUCAACGUCAAGUGAAUCAAAUAUAUAUUCACCUUUAACAUCUUUUAUCACUGCCGAUUCAGAACUUCAUGAUAUCAUUAAGGAUCUGGAGGACUGUUUGAUGGUAGGUCUGCAUACUUGCGGUGAUCUUGCUCCUAGUACUCUGCGAAUAUUUGCUUCCAAGUCUGAGGCCAGGGGGCUUUGCAGCAUAGGUUGCUGUUAUCACCUCUUAUCUGAAGAGUUUGAAACCCCACGUGAAGCUGCAGCAUGUACCCAAGAAAAGUGGGGAUUUCCAAUGUGCCAAUACUUAAAGGAAGAAAAAUGGUGCUGUGGUCGUAAUGCCAGGAUGUCAGCAUGUUUGGCACUGGAACGGGUUGCAGUUGGCCAAGGGUUGCCUACUGAAUCACUCUUCUAUCGAGCUGUCCUUCAGGAUAUUAUUAAAGAUUGUUAUGGCAUCACCAAAUGUGAUCGCCAUGUUGGUAAAGUUUAUUCCAAAUCCUCUUCCUUUCUGGAUUAUGUCAGAAAAUCUCUAAAGAAGCUUGGACUAGAUGAGUCCAAGCUGCCAAAAAACAUUAUAAUGGACUACUAUGAGAAGUAUAAACCUAGAAUGAAUGAGCUGGAAGCUUUUAACAUGUUGAAAGUUGUUCUGGCUCCUUGUAUAGAGACACUGAUUCUUCUGGAUCGACUUUGCUACCUUAAAGAACAGGAAGAUAUUGCAUGGUCUACACUUGUGAAGCUGUUUGAUCCUGUGAAAUCUCCCAGAUGUUACGCUAUUAUUGCUCUGAAGAAACAGCAAUGAUUUCAGUUGAGGAAGGUAUUAGAUGCAUCUUUUUGUAGAACCUGUUGCUAAUUUUGCUUUUCUAAAUAUAUAAGUUGUGUUAUGUAAAUAUUUGAAAAACACUGUUAUAUAUUUUAAGUAAACAAUAAACAGCUUAUAACAGAAUGCCAUAAUCCAUUUUUCCAUUGAUAAAUUGCAUAUUAUUAAAAUAAGAACUCAUGAAAGUAUUAUGUGAUUGACCUACGUUCCCGAGUUAGUAGGUCAAUAGAAUGUAAUCUGAGCUUUGUUUCCUGUUCAGUAUUUGAGACUCUCGAUAUUUGCUACAUACCACAUUUUGAUUUGUACUGACUUAACAACAGAUGAAAAGUUUAGGUGUAGAUACAGUAAAAUUAGUUGGUACAGAAGGUCAUUUGUGUUUUCCUCCACAUUUUAGAAGGGUUUUCCAUGUUAUCAGAAGGGGAAAAGUCAACAUUUAAAGAGAAGAAAAAAGCAGGAACCAGGCCAGAAAUAAAAGUGCCUGAUAUAAAGCAUAUUUUGCACUGUUUUAGUCUAAGUGUUACAUGAAGAAAAAAAUAUAUGCCCUUAAAUAAACGAUCAUGCACCUUAUAAGGGAUAUAUUCACUUUAAGGAUUCUUGAGGCUAUUUAUUGUAUGAAAAUAAAAGAAUGGGUCACGCUCUGUAAAACACCAAGGCAAGAAGAGCAAGACUGAAUGAGCUAAGGCCAGUACUCUGCCCAGUGAGGUACAGGUUCCUUUCAUUAGCAGAAAAUUUGAGGUUUCUGAUAUACACAGAAGAGAUAGACAGUUGUGAAAAAGCUCCCUUGAUGCUCAGCCAGAGAUAGUAUAAAAUUCUCCAAACAGAAAAAGUAGCUGCUCUCCAAAAUUUUGGAAAUCUAUCUGCAAAUGAGAAGAAUGAUGUCUUGCUUUGGGUUGGAAUAUUGAGUUUGCAGCCAGUAUACAUGUGAAUGGUCAGAUACUCUGAAUAUAGCUAUAUUGGGAAAUACUGGGAAAAUAAGGCUUUUUUUAAGCUUUUUUAUUCUGGAAAAUGUCCAACAUGUCCACAAGUAGAGAGUUGAGUCUAAUGAAUCUGCAUGUUUUCAUCCCAAACCUCAAUAAUUAUCAACAUUUUACUAAUCUUGUUUCAUCUGGACAUACACGAGCAUUGACACAUACUACACAUACACACACAUACAGCCUGAAGAAUUUUAAAGCAAAUCUCAGCCAGAUUGUUCUUUCACAUAAAUAUGUUAGUAUAUAUUUCUAAGUCAAGGUUUUUUUUCCCCAUAAUGUCAUCUACUACUUGUACUCAUUUACAUUUCCAUGAUUGGCUCAAAAAGUCAUUUAUACCCAUUUGUUCAAUUCAGAAUCAAAACAAGGUUUCACACAUUUGCAUUUGGUUGCAGUGUCUCUUCAGGAUGUUUACCUUACUUUUAGCAGAAAGCAAAGGAAUAUAGUAUUUUGUAGGACUGGGUCUUUAUACACAUGAAUCCUUGCUGCAAUGUUUGUGGACUCUGAUUUCACAAGAACUGCUCUUUGAGAACUCAUUUUGCAGUCAAGCUAAAGAAUGUGGUGCAUUGGUGGGAACACUAAUUCUGACACUUACUUUUUGGGUGAGCUAAUGCAAGAUUGUUAAUAAUCUCAGAGCCUCGAGAGAAGGGGAAAAAGAUGGUGACAUGAAUCUGCAGAAA